GAUGGCGGCGGCGGCGGCGCCUCCGGAUGAGGUUACCCUGCAGUCUCGCAUCAACAAGGCCACCAAUCCUUUGAAUAAGGAGACUGAUUUGGACAAUAUCAAGGGAUUUUGUGAUCAGCUCAACAAUGAACCAGAAGGUCCCCAGCUUGCAACCAGACUUCUGGCCCACAAAAUCCAGUCUCCCCAGGAAUGGGAGGCUAUGCAAGCGCUUUUGGUUCUGGAAACAUGCAUGAAGAACUGUGGAAAGCGAUUUCACAGUGAGGUUGGAAAGUUUCGCUUUCUCAAUGAACUCAUCAAAGUGGUGUCCCCUAAGUAUUUGGGUGCCCGGUCUCCAGAGCCAGUGAAGAAGAAGGUGUUAGAAAUAAUAUACAGCUGGACAGUGAGGCUGCCUGAUGAGACCAAGAUAGUAGACGCCUAUCAAAUGCUGAAAAAACAGGGCAUUGUCAAGCUGGAUCCUGUGCUUCCUGAUGAAAAACCCCUCCCACCCCCUCCACCCAGAGCCAAAAAUGUCAUCUUUGAGGAUGAGGAGAAAUCCAAGACGCUGUCUCGCUUAUUGAACAGCACUCACCAAGAAGAUCUAAGAGCAGCAAACAAGCUCAUUAAGGAAAUGGUCCAGGAGGACCAAAAGCGUGUAGAGAAGGUAUCGAAGCGAUUAAACGCCAUCCAGGAGGUGAAGGAGAGUGUCAGCCUGCUGAGCCAGUUGCUGGAGGGCUACAGCAAGGAGAGCUGCUCCCAGAGCAACCAGGAACUCAUUAAGGAUCUUUACCAGCGCUGUGAGAAGAUGAGGCCUACACUAUUCCGAUUAGCAAGUGAUACAGAGGAUAGUGACGAUGCUUUAGCCGAUAUCCUACAGGCCAAUGACAGCCUGACUCAGGUCAUCAACCUGUACAGGCAGCUGGUGAAGGGAGAGGAUGUGUCGAAGGACGGCAUAACCAUGCCCUCACAAGCAGGCAGCAGUAGCUCAGCUCUCGUAGACUUGAUGGGACUUAAUGCAUCAGCCAACGCAACACCAUCCAACCCAGAGCCCUCCAGCCUCCAGACCCUGACUCAGAACAUGGGCCUCAGCCUCUUGGAUGAUGAGCUCAUGUCACUAGGACUGAAUGUAACGGAAAACUUCGACUCUCAGCACAAUUUUCAGUCCUCUGAUGGCACAGAAUCUUUUUCUACAUCGGUCCCUGCUGCAGUGCUGCUACCAGCUGUGGUCCAAACACCACAAGCUGCACCAGCAGGGGGGCCCGCUGCUCCUCCUAAACCCAUGGAAGAGCUGGAAUUGUUGGGGAAGACAUUGUUACAGCAGUCACUACCCCCACAGAGCCAGCAGGUCAAAUGGGAUAAGAUCCAACCUCAGUCCAGAGUCACCUUACGAGAUCUGCAGACCAAGUCCAAUGCCGGCUCUAGACCCGCUCCUACUGGAACCACCACCGCCUCCUAUUGUCCCGCUCCUGCUCCAGGGCCCACAUUUGCUGUCCAUUCAGAGCAGCCGGAUACUCUCCUCCUCUCCAGCCUCAGUCUGGCAGCUGCUGAGAAAGGCUCAUUAGCUCCUACUGACCCCCAUGACAACCCCUCUCUAUCUGACGUUACCGUGCCUCUGGAAGCAAUCAAACCUAGCAAUUUAUUACCAGUGACUGUAUUCGACAAACACAGCCUCCGGGUGUUGUUCACCUUUGCCCGUGACUGUCCUCCUUCGCGGCCUGACGUGCUGGUGGUGAUCAUCUCCAUGCUGUCAUCGGCCCCCAUUCCCGUCACCAACAUCCGCUUUCAGGCAGCUGUGCCAAAGGUGAUGAGAGUAAGGCUGCAGCCUCCCUCUAGCACCGAGCUCCCCGCCUUCAAUCCCAUCCUGCCUCCAGCCGCCGUCACACAGAUCCUGCUGUUGGCUAACCCUCACAAGGAAAAAGUACGUUUGCGAUACAAGCUGACAUUCAACCUGGGGGACAAAUGUCAUGAUGAAUCUGGUGAUGUGGACCAGUUCCCGCCUCCAAACACUUGGGGAAACCUGUAGGGAGAAAAAACCCACCUCCUGUCAUCUGAACUGCUGCUUCCUUUAGAUUUAGGUUGAAGUUGUCCCACAUCACUGGCUUGAGAUGAGACUGCCUCUUUACACGUCAGUGGUUUCAAACUCUUGUUUGGUAAUACAAACUGACGUGAGACCAGUUGUGGGAACCAGCUUCUACCUUGUGCCUUCUGUCGCGCCUUCCUGUCCUUUGUUCAAUCAUCUCCGCGUUCCUGUGUUUAGUACUGUUGAUAUUUUUUCUUCUUCCAACAAUCAUUCCAAUGCUUUACCGUCAGAAACAUUGAUUCAAUGCAGUGACUUUUGGGAAAACAAGUUGAGCCUCUAAAAAAAACUUAAUGUGUGCAUUUUUCUGUUUAACAAUCCUCUCAGAUGUCCAUGUCAUGGGAUAACAUGUAGCAGCUGGUAUCUCACAUUAUUUCUCAACCUUAAAGCAAGUGUCUGAUUAAUUCCCUACUUUGGAUAGCAUGAGCAAAAAUGUCCCACAAUCAGAGUAUUGUAGUGCGACCAGUGUUCAGAGUAGGGUUGAAACAAAUCACAAUAAUACUUUUCAGUUAAUCUUGAAGUCGGUUACAUGCUUAAGGUGAUGUUUACAGUCCAACCAACAGCCAAAACACCCAAUGUUUUCAACCUACGACAGAAAUAGUUGGUAUUUUUACAUGACAAAUAACUUGAUUUUCAGAAUUUGAAUUCUUAUCAAAUGAUGAAUUGAUUAAUUGUUCCAGCAGUAUAUCAGUGGUCAGAGAAGAGCAGCAUUAAUGUACUUAAAAGUCAGAUGCUAUCAUGCUUAACUUUUAGCAAACCACUUCAAAUGCAUAGGGAAAUAAUGAAACAAAAUGUAAUUAUCACUUUGAAAUUAUCGAAGUCGUUCCCUUAUAUUCAAUGCAGACAGUUCAAAGUAUGAGUUCAUCAAAAAUGCAGUAAUAACUGGGAAAAUAUCAGGAGAAAUAACAUCAGUGUCUCCUGGUUGCAUUAAUAAUGAAUUGGUAUGUCAUUUUUAAGUGUUGUCUUUUAAUAUUAAUGUCAUACGUGCACAGUGUUUGUCCGAGCUGUGACAUACAACAGUUACCACAGAAGACUUGUCAUAUUGGGAAAAGCACAGUUGUUUAACGCAUUGUCAAAAUGUCUUCUGUGAAGGAUUACAAAGGGAGGGUACUUAACAUCUGCCCCUGUAAUAUUACUGAAAUUUAGCUUUUCAUUUCUGCACUUUUCAACGAUUGGGGACACUUUUUUAUGUUAUGUUUCACUCAGGAUUUUAAUUUUGAGUUAUUUUACACAACAUGAACUAUCAUGCACCUAUUGUUUUAAUUUUGCACAUGAAACCAUUCCACAUUACAAUAUAGUCUUUUCUCAUUUGCUGCCUUUCCACUGUUGAUUGACCCAAAGAGGGACAUGUGACGUCCUGAGUUGACAUUACGUACAUCCGGUCUGAUUCUACCACAUGUGCCUGAGAUGAAACGUUUGAUUUUCAUUUGCUCCUGUACAUAUAUGUAUACAAAAUUACGAGUUUGAUCUUUGUCUCUGAUUUCAUACGUCCAUGUCCGUAUCAGAAACUAUUUGUGAAACAAGUAAUGUUACAGAAUUAUCCUAAUAACUACGGCCACUGAGUUGAUUGGAGCGCUAAAAAGUCAUAAAGAUUAAAAUAAAAUUAUAUCGGAGGCAGACUGGUUUCCACCUGAUAAAUAGGAUACUGAAAUACAUGUGAAACUCCAAAUGUGUUUAACUACAAUAGAGCCGGAGAUUCCGUUCAUGAGAUGAUGAGGGAUCCAUUUCUAUCACCCACUGAGUUAUAUUGAUUCUGUUCAAGUGUUUCUUACGGACCAUCAACUCGCAUCAUCACACCGUGCCAUUAAUAUUCUGAUAGGCUGUUUCAUAAUACUAUGGAUGAGCUAUUUCAUUACCCUAGAUAUUUGCUUUCAUUUAUUUACAGCUACACCACUAACUUGUCCAAGACUGGAAGGAAGAAAGCAAUAAUGAGACAAAAAAUAGCCUCAGUAACCACCUUUCAGUCCUCCGUGGCUCAAUCUGAUUGCAAAUAAUGGACAUUGCACGAUUUAUUGUAAACUAUGCAUCAAAGGGACUGUAACAGGUUUGACUACAUUGCCAGAAACUGAUUUAUGCACAUAUUUGCCUUUUGUUAUUGCCUACAAGUUAAUUGCAUUUUCCUCUUUAGGAUGAACAGCGGCAGAUAAGGGAUUAACUCAGCAGGUCACCUGUGAUUUGUCGGCCCUGUCUGCACUGAUGGAUUACAGUUACAAACCCUGCUAUCGCACUAAUCCCACGACCAGGAAAAUUGCCAGAAACAUGAGACAGGACCCUCAUGUCUCGUAGCCAUGCUAUAUCAUGCCUGGGUGUCGUAUUCAUUGAGGUGCAUUUAGGGUUACGCUAAAAAUGUGCAAGUUAUUGCAGAGCUCCCCCUUUACAAAACCUAUUACAGAUACAAAUCCCUAUCCUUAAUAACCUUCGUCUUUUACUUAAUAACCUCUUUGCUUCAGUUUGCAGUACAUUGCAAAAGGUCAUGAACAUGAACAGGCACUGUGCAUGCAAAUCUGUUAUCCUCGUCCAGCUUCAACUGUAUCGUCAGACUGGACCUCCCACAUUCAUUUUAAAUGGCAAGAGGAAAAACAACUUGAGGAACUAGAAACAUGUAACUUAAAACCUAAAGCGAGUGAAUCAACUAAACUGGAUCCAAAUUGUUAAGAUUGUUUCACAACUGAGAGAAAAACAAACUAAGUGUUGUGACAAGGCCACUAAUUACAGUAUGUGUCUAUUUGUGAGGGAGUCAAACUGUCUUUUCAUUUGUGUUCCUAAUGUAAAUAAAAGCUUUGUGCAAUAAUGUAUAUUUACAUACAUGUACAUACUGCUGGAUACAAAAUGAGAAUGUACUACAAAUGUGUAUUUAAGGCAAAUAAAGUCAUUUGUAU